AUGACCAAAUUGAAGUCCCAUUCCUUGGAUCUAGGAUAUCCUAUUUAUGGAGCAAAGUUUGUGAAUGAGAAUACUCUGAUUGUUGCUGGAGGAGGUGGAGAAGGUAGCAAUGGUAUUCCAAACAAGAUUACUGCGCUCUUGAUUCAGCCUGAUAAUCUGAAAAAACCAAUAAAACGGUACCGUGAAUUGACUCUUAAUGACAAAGAGGACUGUCCAAUGACUUUGGAUGUCAACAACAACCAGAUACUGGUUGGAAUCAAUGAGAAUGCCGAAUCAAUCAAACGGGGUGUUAACAAGCAUUUGAGAAAGUUCAAGUUCCACAAUGACCACUUGAAAUUUGUCGAGAGCUGUCAAAUCCAUCCAAGCAACAAUGCUCAACAUUAUCAAAAGUUGACCCAACUUACCAAAGACGGCACACUUGCCGCAAUUGCUAUGAGUGACGAUCCGUCGUCGGUGUACAUAGUGGAUACGACUGACGAGCUCGAGGAGAAGUUCAAAAUCGUCACUACUGGAGAUGUUAAAGAUAUAAGCUUGUCUCCGGAUGGAAAGAUGAUGUGCUACAUCACGUCGAGCCACUUUGAAGCCAUAUCCACCAUCACGGGAAGAUCUGUGUUCAAAACAAAAAUCAACUUUUUGAUGUCAAAGAUUGAGUUCUACGACAACAACAUUGUCAUUAUUGCUGGGUCCAACAAGAGCGGGAUUGUUCUUGGUGAGUUCUCAGUUGCAAAGUCUGCAGUUACAAAAGUCACUGUUAUUGCAAGAAAUCUGAAAGGUAUCACAUCUCUUGAUGUGAACAAUAAAACCGGUCUGAUUGCAUUGAGUGGUUCUGAUUGUUCGAUUUUGAUUGUUCGUUUCAAGGAUUUCAAGCUUUUGAAAAAACUUGACAAGGUCCAUGGAUUUGCUAUCACAAAAGUCACUUUUUCGCAGGCGGGUGAUUACCUGGCAUCGGUUUCGGCCGCAAACACGGUGAACGUCAUUCUGGUUCCGCAGAACUUUGCUGAUUCAAAACCACUCUUCAUGUCCUUUAUCCAAUUGUUCAUGUCUAUCAUCCUUGUAUCGCUAUUUGCAGUCGUGGGACAGUACUUGUAUGCAAAUGGAUACCUUGAGCAACUGCAGACUAAGGCAGUGGAAUACUACAAGUCCAAGAAACCUGCCGACUCUUCUGCGUAUUUCACCAUACAACCAAUUGCUUCCAGUGAAGUGUUUGCCAAAGGACCACCUUCUACUACAACUUAUGUGCCUAUCCAUACUGCGGACUCAACAACUAAGUCUAUAAGCGAAAACACCAAUGUUGGAGAUACCAGUGUUCUUCCGGAUGAUGGUGAGUAUACAACACACAAACCACUUGAGACCAGUUCUUCAAGCGGUGUGGAAGUUUCAGCCAAUUCUACUUCAUCUGCAGUAACUAACAGAACUAAGGAAACAGAGACGAGUCUGCCGGAAUCACAAUCACCGACCUCUAGCGAAGUCUCAUCUAUUUUGACCACGAAUCUGACGGAUUUCGCCGCCGAGAGCCCGGCAAACACAACGUCAGAGACUACGUCCUAUUUCACAGAGACUUUGAACCACACAGCCACUGUCGUAGAGACAAUUGUUGAGACCCAGACGAUUUCAACCACCUCGAUCGAAACUUCCACCAAAGUGGAAACGAUAUUAACCACUGCAGUGGAGACCAAGACCGAGGUUGUCUUUGUCACUAUGGAGCCGACUCCUGCUGCAUCAAAGGUUUUGGAGAAAGAAACCGGUCAGUUACAGAACUCGUCUACAAAUGGCACAUUGGACUCUGCUUUCCUUACAGACGAGACCGAGAAGAACCUGUCAGAAGAGGAACAGAGACCGGUUCACUCAAAUACGACUCUAUUAGAGACUCAGCUUUCCGAAACGAAUGUGACUACAGGAGACGUUUCGACAAGCAGCACAGAUAUUGUUGAAACUUCUGUGAUAGAAACGAAUCUGACGGAGACAGCGUCGAGCACAACAUCGUCGGACAAGAAGACCGAGGAUAUCAAGGUGGAAACAGCACUAUUGUCUAAUGUGUCCGAGCCAACCAAUUCGACCGAGACUGCAAACAAAACGCUCGAGCCCGAAGUUUCCAUCUUGGAAACUGCUUCAAGUGUCCAACACGGCAGCAACACUACAACUACAGCAGAGACCGUUAGUUCCGGUGUUACAGAAAAUGAAUCAUCUAUUAAGUUGUCGACAGAAACGUCAACUCUUGAUGACCUGGGCACAACAGACUCUGCCAAGUUCAAGCAAUCCCCAGACAUUCUUCCUCUCGAUACAAACUCUUCUUCGUCUGUGGAUCACACGGAUACCGAAACUUUGCUGUCGAAGGCUUCUGGAGGAGAACUGGACGUCAAACAGGUCAAAGAGACGGCGGCUGGAUCAGAAACUCACGACGAGUUAUAA